UGAAGAGCCACCCUCCCUCUCGACGCCGCGUCCUCCCGGGCCUCGCCGGCCAUGCGCCCCACCGAGCCCUGGAGCCCCAGCCCGGGGACGGCGUCCUGGGACUACUCAGGGUCGGGCGCCCCAGAGGAGCUGGAGCUGGAGCAGGAGCUGUGCGAGGCCCGGGACCUGCCCUACGGCUACGCUUACAUCCCCGCGCUCUACCUGGCGGCCUUCGCCAUAGGCCUGCCGGGCAACGCCUUCGUGCUGUGGCUGCUGGUCGGGCGGCGCGGCCCACGGCGGCUCGUGGACACCUUCGUGCAGCACCUGGCGGCCGCCGACCUGGGCUUCGUGCUCACGCUGCCGCUGUGGGCCGCGGCGGCGGCGCGGGGCGGCGUCUGGCCCUUCGGCGAGGGCCUGUGCAAGCUCAGCAGCUUCGCCAUGGCCGGCACGCGCUGCGCGGGCGCCCUGCUGCUCGCCGGCCUCAGCGUGGACCGCUACCUGGCCGUGGGCCGCCCGCUGGCCGCGCGCGCCCGCCGCACCCGGCGCUGCGCGCUGGCCGCGUGCGGGGGCGUGUGGGCCGCGGCGCUGGCGGCCGGCCUGCCCUCGCUGGCCUUCCGCCGCCUGCGGCCGCUCCCCGGGGGCCGCGGCAGCCAGUGCGCCGAGGAGCCGUCCGACGCCUUCCAGGGCCUGAGCCUGCUGCUGCUGCUGCUGACGCUGGCGCUGCCCCUGGCCGUCACCGUCGUCUGCUACUGCCGCGUGUCGCGCCGCCUGCGCGGGCCGGCGCACCUGGGCCGCGCCCGGAGCCGCUCGCUGCGCAUCAUCUUCGCCGUCGAGGGCGCCUUCGUGGGCUCCUGGCUGCCCUUCUGCGCGCUGCGCGCCGUCUUCCACCUGGCGAGCCUGCGCGCGCUGCCGCUGCCCUGCCGCCUGCUGCUGGCGCUGCGCUGGGGCCUCUCGGUCGCCACCUGCCUGGCCUUCGUCAACAGCUGCGCCAACCCGCUCAUCUACCUGCUGCUCGACCGCUCGUUCCGCGCGCAGCUGCGGCGGCGCGGGGCCUGCUGGCGCGCGGAGCGCGCGGCGCGCGGAGGCAGCUCGGCGUCCUCGCUCUCCCAGGACUACGGCUCCCCGUUCCGGAGCCCGGCCCGCACUGCGGGCCGAGCCCAGACGACGAACGCCUCCUCGGCCGUGGGCCCAUAGCUGGCCGGCCCGGAGGAGCGCGCGGCAGCGGCGCGCGGAGGGGGGAGGGAGGCAUAGCGAGGCGGGCCGCCCCCAACCCCCUACCUGCCUUCCCCGGCCCUGCCUUCCCGAGCGCGGAGAGCGGCUUCGCCGGCACCGCCUAGACCCCCCGGGUCUCCUUCACCAGCUUUCCCAGAACCUCAGCGUUUCGAACUCCCCCCACGCCAGGCCGCUGAGACCAGCUCUUCUCCCGCUCGGCCCCGUGGGCACCUGGGCUCUUUGUCUGCAGCCCAAGAAAGGUCCUGCGAGAUGGAGCCGACAGCAGCCCGGACACCGCAGGGUCUGCCAAGUAGGGGAAGGGGAAGUGGGCCUCCCUGCUCUGCCCCGUGGGUAGGAGCACAGGCCAGAGCCCCCCAAAAGCCACUCUUGUCUUGGGCUCUGUUACCUUUGGUCCCUACAAUCGCCAUUGCCUUCUGAGAAAUACCUCCUCCAAGCCAGACCCUCUGGCCCCUCACUUUCCAAAAAAAUCCUACAGACUAUGAAACCGACAGCCCUUUAUACUCAGCGGUCUUGGUGGCAGAGUUUGCUGAAUCAUUAGUCACCGUCAGUUCAGAUCUUCAUUUUCAAAGCUCGCCAAAGCGUGGGAACCAGCCCUGCUGUCGGGUCACCCAGCCAUUCCUCCUGACAGUUUCCCCAGAAGCCCGGGCCUGCCCCGGUUCUGUAUCUUCUCCCCA